UCUUUAGGCGUUCACGUAAUUUCUAUGCGCAAUUUUCGAGGCCAUUUCGGGAGACAAUAAAGUUAAUUUAAUUUAAUUAAAUUAGAAAAAAUAAUAAUGAGGAGUUGUGUAAAAAAUUACGCAAAUUGUGAAAAUUGUUUUUUUUUCCUUUCGUUUGGGAGGAAUGGCGCGGAGGCACGGAUGACGCACAUUCUAGGAAUCUGGCAAUUGGCACCUUACGUUGCUUCCGCAAGCUACGAGAUUGCGAUACUGCGAGUACAUCAUUGAACCUUGGCCUGCUGUGCACUAUGAUGAACGACACAGAUGUCUGGGAUGAUCCCGAAGGCGAUGAUUUGAUUGCAGCUGUUCAGCUGGACAGCACCAAAUGUCUUUCAGUGGAAGACCAACCGCCACUGUUUAAGUACCGUGGCGGACGUGUUUACGUUUCGGACUUGUCAAGCCAGAUGUACUGUGAACAAAAACUGCUGUACUCUCUGAUUGGAGUGAGGCGCUUGAGAGAGAUGGGCUAUGACAUAGAAGUGGGGGAGAGUGCACAAGUUACUGCAGGAACAAACAUCCACUUGGCUAGGGCACUGGAAAUUCAGGACGUAGUCAGCGUCAGCACGAUUACCCGUGAGGACAACGUGGCUGUCUCGCUGCUGAAUCUCCUUGGUGCAGUACGUGCCUUGCUCUCUGGUGUGCCAGUUGUCCGGGAAGUCCCAGUCUUCGGAAUGAGUUUUGGUGGCGACAUUUUUGUUAAUGGCAUUAUCGACGAGAUCCGGUGCGACGCUGAGACGCUGCAGAUUGACGUAGUUGAGUUAAAGACGCGAGCGAGUGCUAGGCCGCCUAGCAAAUGCGUAAGGGAGACUCAUCAUCUGCAAGUGAUGGUGUACGGUCACCUGCUCAGGAACUUGAUCCAGGGUAAGGUGAAAAUGACCGACCUUGAAAAGGGCUUCAGGGUAAACCGGGAUGUCAAGUUCAGCAGCGGCGUUCUCGAAUACAUGUCCCCGAGUGAAAGAAGCUUGGACGACUUGCGACUCCUUGUACCCGUUGUACUGGAGACCAUUCAAGCACUGCCACUGCCAGCGAACCUCAUUGUGGAGUAUUACAGUCAAGAGAAAAACUGCUCUCUUAGUUAUGAGGGUGUUAAUUAUGAUGAGGGCUGGUUAAUUGACAGGUUUGAGAAGCUCCUGCCUUUUUGGAAGGGUGAACGACCCGCUGAAGGCGUCCAAGAUAUCGAAGAAGUGUGGAAAUGCAGAAUGUGCGAGUUUCAGAAUUUCUGUGAAUGGCGCCUUAAAAAGGAGUGUCAGUGUGUUGAACAAAAUUCUCAAUGGUUUCGGGGAGUUAUUCAGCCUCCAUAGGUUAGCCACACUGAUAACAUAUUUGUAAAUAAAAUGUUAAUAAUGCAAGCCUUGUAUUUGAUAUGAGUUUGAACAAAAAAGUAUUAUGAAUAUGUCUGAGGCUAAUUUUAAACUGAACGGACCCCCUCUGGUGAAGCAUAACUUUUUUGGGGCUACCUAAAAAUCGGGGGAAACUCCUUAUAAUCUAGGGAUGUUGAGCUUUUUUAUUGAAGUAUUGUGGGUCUUUUUUUCUUGCGCCAAACAAACCCUUGUUCAAAAUAAACACUUUCAGGAAACAUC